AUGAAUUGCGAUGAUACUGAACAAAUGAUCGCCGACAAAGACCCAGUCAAGACGUACAAGUCCGGCCGCACCAAACUUCUGGCGGCGAGGGACGUUCAGGCCGCGGCCAAGACCAACGAGAACUACGUUUAUUUCGCCGUCGCGCGGUACAUGCAGAAGACGUUCGGCACCUAUCCUCCGUAUCCACGUAUGUGGAGUGCGACGAAAACGCAAGCAGAGAACGAGGCGCUCGAGGACUUUGAACCGGGCGCGCCAAGCCGUCAUAAUACAGCGUUGGAGAUGGAAGAUGCCGACCCCAGCCGCGGCACCGGUGAAGCAGUUUCAGAUAGGCUUUACGACAUGGCGAUCUACCCAGAGUGGUACCAGCCUAUUGUGCGGCAAGCGAUCACCGAGCCUGACUUCGGUAGACUUGCCUUCUCCCACCCCAAUAUAGACGACGUUGUUUGCCAGACCACGAGCGAUUCCGCGCAGUACGAUGAUUGCGUAGCCGCCUUUGCGACGCUGGAGGGUCUCGAUCGGAACAAGGUUCAGCUGGUUCACAAGAGGCCCGGCGAGAGGUGGUGGGCGAAUGUGGUUACAACGUGUGCGGUCCAAGUCCACUACAAGGGCGAUUGGUCAAAGUGCGAGGCUUCGCUGUCGGAUAUAUGGGCUCACGCUAAGGACGUCUUUGAGGGGUGCCAUGGCGAGUACGGGACGGUGGGUGGCUAUGUUCCUUUCGGUGUGCCGAAUUGCCCUGCGACGAUUGAUCUCGUAUCUAGUCGUCAGUGGCGCAACCCCGAUCCGUUCUAA